AAUCAAAAUGAAGCUUACAAUCACUAGAACCCAUUUUGAUAAAUUUGGUCACACAUACCAUAGCAACUUCAAUUCAGGCACACUAUAUAUUAAGCACAGCUUCUCAAGAAAGAAGGAACAGUAGGAUUAAGAAAGAAAUUGAAAAUGGCAAACGAUGGGAAGAAGAUAAUAAUCAAGGGCUGUAUUAAGAGUACGAAAGGGCCUUGGAUAGUAAAUAGAAGUACUAAAUAUGGUAUUGUUAGCAAAUAUAGAUUUCCUACUGAUAGAGAACGCCAAAACAACAAGCAAAGAGAGCGAAGAAGACGAGCAGUGGCUCGUAAGAUAUUUGCAGGACUUAGACAGCAUGGAAACUACAAACUUCCUAAACAUGCUGACAGUAAUGACCUACUCAAAGCUCUUUGUGAAGAAGCUGGUUGGCAUGCUGAAGAAGAUGGCACUCUUUUUAGGAAGAUUGUGAAACAGGAUUUUCAUGUGGGUUCAGAAUAUGGAGCACUGCCAUCCAGUUCAUCAACUUUAGAGUGCCAUGGACAAGAAGGAAAUGAUCUUAACCUCUCACUUUCAUUGUCACUUUCAAGUUCAAAUUGAAAAAGAGAGAUAUUUUGGCACCCAAAUAU